UAUAAAGAAGGGCGGGAGUCGCGAUCGCGCAUUCAGCGAGGAGCGGGGUCGCGGACGGUACUGAGAUCUGCUUCCAGCCAAAUCCUUGCCGCCGACCCACAGGCAGUCUGAAACCUGAAAGGACCCGUUUAUAAAACAAAAAGACCCAACGAGAGCCCAGAGCACAGAGAGAGAAAAGAAAUACCGACGCACGUCUUGCAAACAAUGGAAAGUGCUGCCAUGGUGGGCCGCCCGAGAUCGACGCGGAAGCUGAAACAAUGGAUGAUGGAGCAGGUGGACAACGGGCUGUGCCCUGGCCUGGUCUGGGAGGACCGCAAGCUCGGAAUGUUCCGCAUCCCCUGGAAGCACGCGGGCAAACAGGACUACAGGCACGACGAGGAUGCUGCCAUCUUCAAGGCAUGGGCCAAAUUCAAGGGCAAAUACAAGGAGGGUGAUAAGGUGGACCCUGCCACUUGGAAGACGCGGAUGAGAUGCGCGCUGAACAAGAGCAGCGAGUUCGAGGAGGUCCCAGAGAAGUCCCAGCUCGACAUCUCCGAACCUUACAAAGUGUACCGCAUCAUUGAGGAGGGGGCACAGAAGAGGAAGGCUGCCCCACUGCUGAGCCUGGACUCGGUGAAGAUGAAAAGGGAGGAGGGCUCAGUGCCCAGCUGCCCCAUCCUGCCCGAGACCAAGUGCAAGCUGGAGGAGACAGACAGCGGCUGUGAUCCCAGCUCCGGGUCAGAGAUGUCCGCACAGGAGGAUGGCUGCAGGGACAGUAGUUCACUGGGCUGGAACCUGAACCCCACCCCAGAAGCAGACUCGACUAACUACCUGAUCUGCGACUACGCCCCUCUGUCACCCAACAUCCUGGAGACAGACCCCCGGUGCACAGAGCCCAACGCCAUGUUCGUCUCCUUCCGGUACGGCAGCGUAGAGGUGAGCAGCGCGGUGACGCGGCACGGCUGCAAGAUCUCGUCCUCGGCGCUGCCACCGCUGCCCGCCGGCGAAGCCUCCUUCGGGUCCCGGGCCCUGGAGAAGUUGCGCUUCCCGCCCGCCUCCUGCAUCGGGGACCCGGUGAAACGGAUGGCCACCGCGGAGCUGCUCACCUUCCUGGAGCGGGGCGUGAUGUUGGACAGCAACGCCCACGGCAUCUUCGCCCAGCGCCUCUGCCAAGGCCGCGUCUUCUGGACCGGCCCCGGGGUGUCACGGACCGACCGGCCCAGAAAGCUGGAGCGGUCGAAGGUGGAGAGGCUGUUUGACCGCAGAGCCUUCGAGGAUGAGUUGGAGCAGUAUCAGCAAGGGAAAGGGGUGCUCCCUCAGUACCAGGUGACCCUCUGCUUUGGGGAGGAGUUCAGCGAAAAAGAGUCCAUUGACAACAAACUCAUCACUGUGCAGGUUCACCAGAUUGCUGCCAAGCAGCUGCUGGAUCAGGAGCUGGAGAUCCAGAACACCUCCUUCCUGCUCCUUGAGCCUCUGACUGAAGCCAGCUUUGGCCAGGCCCUUCAGCAGGAUCUGACAGUCUCUUUGACAUAGGUGCCCGCCAGGCCACUGCACACUCUGGAUUUGCUCCCUGUCAUCUCAGGCCUGAGCCCGAACUACCAACCGGAGCCUGAGCUUCAUAGCACUUAACCGGGGCACUGUAACCCCUGACCCCAGGUCUGGCUUUCAUGAUCUCUGACCCCAGAGCUUGCUCCUUCCCCUGCCCCCCACCCCCCCAGCCUCCUUGCUGAGGCCUCAAAGGAUGACCAUGGGGCAUGGGGUGGGGGGCAAAUCUGGAACCAAGCGAGUGUCUCCUCCUCGAGAAAAAAAACACCUCAGGCACUGUGGCGGGCAGUCCCGUUGCCGUGACGACAGGCCCCAGCCUGUGCUGCUGGAUGGCACGUGGAGGGAGAAGGGAGGCUGGGAUUGGGGGAGACGAUUAAUGCCCACCUCUACCCCAGACGCCGAGCCUGAGCAUGGCCUUUCACACCCCCUCCCCAUCUCUCGCACAUGACCUCCGGCCCGGAACCUCUCGCAGGCCUGGGAGUUGCAGCCAUUGGAUCCUGUCCCUGCUGAUGGAUUUGCAUCAUUCCCUCCCACGGCUGCAAACUCUCAGAAUUUCACUUUUGUUAUAAUUUAUUUCCGAAAGUCUGGCCCUUCCCAGCAUCCCAUGGGUCAGACAUCAGAAAUUCUUCUGCCCCCUUCCAUCUCUCCUUUUUACCUCCCCAUCUCUCCCCUAACUCCUCUAAUGCUCACCUCUCUCCUUCCCCUUCCCCCUACACCUACCCCUCUCCCUGCCAUCUUCCCGUCUCCUUUGAAAGCUCUCCCUCCCCAGCCAUCUCCCUUUUUGCCUCCCUGUCACCUUCACCUUCCGCAAUUCCCCAACACCUUCAUCUUCCCCCAGCCCCGCAUCUCUCCUUUCCUGUCUCUCUCCCAUUCCCCUUUGCCCUCCUUAUCCCUCCCCCCCCCCAAACUCUCUGGUGCAUUUCUCCCUCUCCUAUCUCUGCUCCUCCCCUUCCCCCUCUCCUAUCACCACUCCCCGUGCUCCCAAGGAUGACUCCUGACCCUUCGGCCCCCCCCACCCCACUAGCCUCGUGAGGUGGGUUUCAGUGAGUGAAGGGGGUGAGGGGGUGACAGCUGUGUAUACUGUGAAGCUCACUGUCUCUUUGUAAUCCUGUCUAUUUUAUAAUAAACUACAGAAUA